UCUUCAACAAUGAAACAUCCCACCGAAGGAGCACAUAUAGCCCAACAUGUCUUCAAUUACGAUCGCGACGCUUCCGCGCAUGAGCCGUGAGGCCCUUUCCGCCCUUCUCCUCGCCGGAUCCACGCCUAGCAAGCUAGCAAUCGUCGACGUGCGGGAUUCAGACCAUAUCGGCGGACACAUCUUCUCCUCGACCUGGGUUCCUAGCUCGUCGCUAGACCACCGCAUGCCCGAACUCGUGCGCACGCUGCAAGACAAGGAGCAGGUUGUUUUCCACUGCGCGCUCAGCCAGCAACGUGGCCCGUCAGCGGCACUGCGAUAUGCGAGGGAGCGUGAGAGAAUGCUUGGCGGGAACACCGAAGAGAGCCACAAGCAAGAGGUUUUUGUGCUCGAGGGCGGGUUUGUGCAGUGGCAGGAGAAGUAUGGGAAAGAUACCAGACUGACGGAAGCUUAUGUUGAGGAUAUUUGGCAGGAGUAUUGAAUGCCUCAGUGCCGUUAUGCUUAGUGAUGAUAGUUAUGAUAUAGAUAGAUAGAAUUUAUUGAUACCCUUAUACUUUUUGGUG